AUGUCCAUGUCCCAGCCGGAAGGACAAGAAGACUUGGUGAAGGUCGCCGAUAUAAGACCCCUCCCGUUCGAUGCAUCAGAGCAACGACAGUCCUCUAUGAAUGAGAGCAACCCUCAAGACGGGGUGAGAAAAAACGAUGCAGCAAAGCAUCAUGUUAUCCCUGACGAGUCUGCACUGCGGAGCUCUACCACAGAUAGCCCACAAGCCCUUCAAGAUGUCGCCUCUCCAGAAUCGCUGGGCGAUACCAAUUGUAUAGUGUUUGAUAAAGAAGCCGCCGACUCAGACACAGGUACCAUCGAAAAUAUGUCUCUUGGAGACUUUCAGAUACCCGAAGAGUCUCCGGAACCUGCAGCCAGCACGCCCCUAGAAGCCUAUCAGGCGCAAUUGAUGCGCAUUGAGGCACGAGGGAAAAAACCUCUGCAGAUGACUCGUCAAGAACAACCAGAGCCUGAUAUUAAUUUGUUACAACAAAAAUAUGAGUCGCGAUGGAAGCUUCUUGAGGAGCAGACCAAAACCCGCCUUGUCAUGGCACGUCAAGAACAGCCGGAACCUGCAACUGGUUCAACCCAACCAGACUAUGAGUUGCAAUUGAGACUCCUCGAGGCGCAGAACAAGAGGCGCAUUGAGAUGGCUCGUCAAGAACAAUCUAAACUCAAUACCCAGCAGCCGCACCUUGAGGCACAAAGCAAACAAUCUUCUGAGAUGACUGGUCAAGAACAGCCGAAACCUGCAAUCAGUUUAGCUCAGCAAGACUACGAGCAACAGCUGAGGCUCCUCGAGGCGCAGAACAAAAAGCGCCUUCAGAUGGCUCGUCAAGAACAAUCUCCACUCAAUAUCCAGCCGCCGCAGACUCAAAUGAAGAUGAAGGGGUCUCCAGAGCCUAAUGUUAUGGCUAUUAUGCCCUCAACGCAAGGAAAUGCAACCGCGGGUAGCGGAAACAUGAUGGCAACUCUGCCACCUGGAGCUCGAUACUUCGUACCGGCCUCUACAUCCCACCCGUCGAAUCCAGUGGCUAUGGAUGUGAAGAUUAUUCCUAAUUCAGAAGCCCAGCCCACAACCCUAUCAAUGCCACCAAACCCUCCAGGUUCUCAGGUUCUCGAUUUACAAAGGCAACUCAGAGUUUUCAAGCUUAAGAACCAAGUACUUAAACGACAGUUGAACGAAUCAAAAGGGCUCAAUUUCGCUAUAUUCCACUGCUUUAUCGGACAAGAAGGGGAAGAGACCUAUCUCGGGAAGCCUUACUGGAUAAAAAGUGGUGACAAAUUCCAGCUCAAGGCCUACCCACCUGUACUUUAUCCCGAUGCAUACAUUCUCUACAAACCUCUCGCAUUCGUUAUUUACAGAUAUUACUCGUCGGAUAUAUCAACAGAAGACAGAGAAGCCCUACAGCAAGGUCAUAUGCCAGAGCCAGAGCCGAUCCGCGAGGUCAUAAAGCUCUUUUCAGACGAUAUAAUAAAAGCAGUAAAGUUAUUUGAGAAAGAGGAUGAAGAAGCUCAGAAGAAGCUUUCCGUCAAGAAAGAGAUGUCAGCGCCGUACCGAUGGUGGUACCACUACCGCGCCAAUCGAAACAAAAUCUCUAAUCUACCGAAGGCCGAACGCAAGCUCAUCCACCUUUUGGCCAAUUGGAUUGAUGUCAAUUACAGUGAGCUAUACGACAGAGUUGAUGACCAAUUCAAGCGCGGCGUGGUCUCCGCCGCAUCUUUGCCUUUCUUGGUCCAGCCUGGAGAGGUUUUGGUUCAUAAAGAGAAGAGAAAUUCUGAGAUGCAAGUGCCUCCUGAAGAUCCGGACUGGACCUUCCUAUCGGUACCGUCGCCGAAGAACUCCGACUGGAGUUGGGAGGUUGACGCUUGGUCAUACGUGUAUAGCGGAAAUUUUUAUCGGCUGAUGAGAAGACUCGUUAUAAAUCUUGACGUGGCUACAGCUGAUACGGAAGUUCCCAUUUUGGACUUGGAUGUGUUCCCGCUCCGAUUUGCCUCACAAGAGUUGCGAGAAACGCUGGAGCGGCGAGGCAAGACCUUCUGGAACAGUCGAUAUGGCAACUACGUCUCAUACUAUAACCAAAACAAGAACGAAGAGCAUGCUGAAGAGUCUUACAUGAUAGAUUGGCGAGCAUACGCAACCAAACCCCCUCUAUCGAUGCCUGGUCAACGCGCAACACCUAAAGAAAAUGACUUGAUACCUGAAUUCAAGGUGAAAUCCCGGUAUAUGCAGAUAGAUUUGCGUCCAUCAGAGCCUGACGUGUAUCUUUUUCCUCGAACUGCCAUCGGUUACCAUCUACAGCGCAAGGAAUGGAAUCACCUGAACGUCGAUCAAAUCCAGCAGAUGCCUUGGAAUGAGAAGGCAUUUGGUAACAUCGCUUCAGACGUCGAGAUGAAAGAACUAGUCCAGGCUCUCAUAGCAACCAAGAUUUCUGCUGCGGAUAUAGCAAAAGACUGGAUGCGUAAGAAAGACGACAUCCUCAUCACGGUCCUUCAUGGAGGCCCAGGAACAGGAAAGCCAUUCACGACCGAGAGUAUUGCUGAGAUAGCACAGGGACAGAUCUUGCAGGUGAAAUGCAGCAAACCUGACAUCACAGCCGAGUAUCUGAAGUCAAUGUUCCACGAUGGCGGACGUUGGCGCGCUUUACUUAUGUUCGAAGAUGCAGAGGCUCUCCUAGAGCAGCGCUCUCUGGAUGGCGUGCCAUCUACUACGCUCGUCUCGGACUUUUUAUCCGAAGUCGAGCGCUUUGAUGGUCUUAUCAUCUUAACUUCAAAGAGUGCUGGUGAUCUCGAUGAGUUGCUCAAGUCACGCACACGGCUAUCUGUACACUACGAAACAUCAACUCAGCAACGACGGGCGCAGAUCUGGCGCAACUUUUUGAGUCAACUCGACCCCCUAGGCGAAAAGAACAUUGACUUUGAUGGCAUUAAUACUCACAUGGACGAACUGUCAGAAAAAGUUAUAAGCGAGCAUCAGAUCUGCAAUGCCAUGACUACCGCCUGGCAGUUGGCUCAGUUCCAAGGCAAAAUGAUGACCAUCGACCACUUGAGAUAUGUCAAUAGCUGGGCUGAUCUUCGUGAGGGAAUGACUCUCGGCUGGCUCUGGCCUGGCUCUCACGAGUUGCCAAAUUACAAGCGGUGA